AAUGGAUAUGGAUGUAACUAAAGAAAAUUUCCCUAUAACUUUCACGAACACGCGUCAAAAUCGUGAAUAGAGCGGGAUCUUUAAGUCGGUUGAGUGAGCAGACCGUAGUAAAUUCGAGUACAAUCGUUGGAUGUAACCUGCUGGAAGGUUCAGUGAUGCCGUAUUGCGUGAAGCGUUUGGAUUUCGAGUUGGAAAGAGAAAGGUCGAAUCGCGCGUUAUGGCUGACGAAAUCGAACGGAAGUUGUUGGAACAGGUGAAGGAACAAGAAGAGCUUGUACGAAAACUCAAAGCUGCCAAAGCCAACGAUGUUCAGGAUUCAACGAAUUUCUCGAUCUUAGAAACGCAAUUAGAAAGCAUUAACCAUGAUUUUGCGGAUGUCAGUUAUGUGUGUGGUUGGAUUCCUACCAUAAAAGAUACGAAAUUUUUUGAUUUUUGCGUCACUUUUAUCGAUGACCAACUACUCUCCAAGUGGCCACAUUUGAAAAGAUGGUUCACAAACGUUCAAAGCUUCGACCAAAUUGAACGUAACACGUUUCUCGAGCCGAAAGGGUCGAUUACCUCUUUGGUGAGAAAAGUUGAUCGCUUAAGGAACCUCUGCCUCUUCGACAAAAAUGUGAUUGAUUUAAAGUUUAAUAAUCAACAUUGAGGCGGACUUUUCUCUUUGAUUCUGGUUCUUCUUUUAAAUCGAUGGAUCAUUUGUGAUGUUGUGUUCGAUGUGGACCAACGCCUUCCUACCUGCACGAAAAUAUUGCCAUGCAUCGAUGCUUUCGAGGCUAAAGAUUGCGGAGGAAGUUACCAAAUUAUCGGAGUUGAAAGCUCAAUUGGGAAACAAGAAUGAGAUACCUUCCAAACUUAUUCUUAAAACGCCUAAAGGUACGAGAGAUUAUGGUCCUGAACAAAUGGCGCUACGGCUUGCUGUAUUGGAUAAAAUAAUUACGGUGUUCAAAAGACACGGUGCUGAAACUAUAGAUACUCCUGUAUUUGAAUUGAAAGAAGUUUUGACGGAAAAGUAUGGAGAGGAUUCAAAGCUGAUCUACGAUUUGAAGGAUCAAGGUGGAGAAAUUUUAGCUCUUAGAUAUGAUUUAACCGUACCUUUUGCCAGAUAUCUGGCUAUGAGAAAAAUCUCUUCCAUAAAGAGAUAUCAUAUAGCAAAAGUUUAUCGAAGGGACAAUCCAUCCACGACAAGGGGUAGAUACAGGGAAUUCUAUCAAUGUGAUUUUGAUAUAGCUGGACAAUACGAUCCUAUGAUACCAGACGCGGAAUGCAUUCGCGUCAUUUCUGAAGCGUUACAGUGUUUAAAUGUAGGACCUUAUACGAUCAAAUUGAAUCAUAGAUCGUUGUUGGAUGGUAUAUUUGCGGCUUGUGGCGUUCCAAAUGAUAAAUUUCAUGCUGUGUGCUCGUCUAUCGAUAAAUUGGAUAAGAAUUUGUGGUCGGAAGUAAAACGAGAGAUCGUUGAAGAGAAAGGUUUGAGUGAAUCGAGCGCUGAUAAAAUUGGCACUUAUGUGUCGCAAUCUGGUGGAAUAGAAUUGAUAUAUGAAUUAAAGAAAGAUAACGAAUUAAUGAAACACGAAUCUGCGGUAAAUGGUCUUGAAUCCAUUGAAUUGUUGUUCAAGUAUUGUAAAAUAUUUCAAGUGACGGAUAAAAUAAUUUUUGAUCUUAGUCUUGCCAGAGGACUCGAUUAUUAUACAGGUAUAAUUUUCGAAGCGAUAUUGACUGGUGAUGAAGUUGGCGUUGGUAGUGUCGCUGGCGGUGGCCGUUAUGAUAAUUUGGUAGGAAUGUUUGAUAGUAAAAAGAAAUCGAUUCCUUGUGUCGGUUUGUCAUUGGGCGUCGAACGUAUUUUCAACGUUCUAGAAACGAAAUUAAAUCAUGAAAGCGUGAAAACGCGAACCAAUGAAAUUGAAGUAUUUGUAGCAACUGCACAAAAAAAUUUGUACGAAGAAAGAAUGAAAAUCUUGACAAUUCUUUGGGAUGCUGGAGUGAAAGCCGAACAUUCUUACAAAAGAAACGUAAAAUUGCUGGCGCAAUUACAUCACUGCGAAGAAAGUGGUAUACCGUUGGUUAUAAUAAUUGGUGAAGGAGAAUUGGCGAAAGGAGAGGUUACAUUAAGAGAUGUUGUGUCUCGUGUAGAAGUUUCGAUUCCGCGUGCACAUUUAAUCGAUGAAAUAAGGAAAAGAUUAUAGAAAAUAUAUCACGACUUACUUUCGAAUGAGUUUCUUAAUUUAUAUAGUAAUUAAAUGAUAUGAUACCAUCAAUUGUUUGAUUUUUUUAUAAAAUAUAGAAUCACACAUUUUAACGAUAUUGCACGAUAUCUUCGUUUCAAGUUCUACGUAUGAAAUAAUAAAAGAAAAAACAAAAAAAAAAGUAGAAAGCUUCUGUGUAAACUAAA